AUGACUUCCAAUAUGAGUAUGAAGCUCAUUUUUCAUAAAGAAAGAAACAAAGUUUUGUAUGCAGAAGUAGGAAAGGAUGUCCUGAAUUUCCUUUUCUACAUUCUUACUGUACUAGUCACCACAAUCACAAAGAUUUUCUCCAACUACAAGAAGGGUAUGGUUGGAUGUUUAUUUAACUUCUACAAGUGUUUUGAGAAUCUCAACAACAUCUACAUUCAACCGGAUAAGAAGAAAGACGAAAUCUUGAAUCCCAGUCCUUCCUUUCUACAGGAAUGUUUGUUGUUGCCAAACCCUAUACAAACUGGUACAUAUGUCAAUGUCAAUUUAUACAAAUGUUCGGAUUGUGAGAAUGCGAAAUAUUCUGGAGAAAAUGAACCGGGUUUGGUAGCAUACUUUGUGAUGGAUGAUUUGGAGAUCAAACCAAUGUCUACAAUUUCAAGUAUUUCAUUGUUGAGCCAGUUCAAUGUUAAGGAUGUAGGUGAUCUACAAGAAAUGGUGGUUGUUUUGGGCAUAAAUGAGGGAUUCAAGAUACUUGAAGCUUCUAUAAAAGGGAAAGAAGUGCUCACCAGUUUAUGCCAAAUUGGGGAUGAAUCUCCCCACUACUCUAAGCGGUACAACAUUUUUCUGAUGGACCCCUUGAGCUAUUUCAUGUUACUUGGUCUCCGCAUAUUGCGGAUGACAGCCACUUUGGAUGGAUCUGGUCGAUUCCAUGCCUGUGGACUCUAG